UUUACGUACUGCCCUGCUAGGAUCCUGCACUUGCACUUGCCAUCCGUCGAGCGUCGACCAACCUCUCCCUCCACCGCCAGCCCAGCAUCACGAGGCGCCCGUGGACAUGGCCGGCCCUCCAGCUCGACGGGCUUCCUACAAGGACACCCUGCAGCCGGCUUUGCACCGGCGCUUCUCCUCGACGGCCACCAUCCUCCUCGCCGUCUCAUACAUUGAAGCCCUGCUCCUCACCAGCUGGAAUUCCUACUUUUGGUCCUGGUUUCCCAUCGGCCCCGCCGGCAUCCGAACCGCCAUCAUCUUCUCGUGCGGCCUGGCCAUCCUCGUACUGCGAAUCGCCCACUAUCAUGUCGGCCUUAGGACGACCGAGUCGGGUCUGCAAACGCUUGGCUCCACACUGCUGAGCCUGCAGACAUACGAGACGGGCCUGUGGUAUGGCGUCUCGAGCUCCAUAUUCUGCCCCGUCUUCCUCUUCUCCAUGGCCGAUUCGUCCAACCUGCGCUGGAUCACCUACUUCACCGGCGACCGAGCCAGGCUCAACGAGCGCCCGCUGUUUCUGGCCUGCUAUCUCGGCGCUUGCGCCCUGGUGCAGACGAUCAUCCACUACCGGUAUGACUUGGACCGGCUCGACCUGAACUUGCCGACCAAGCCGAAGGCGGGAGAGUCGGGCAAGAAGCUGGGCGUUCUGUCCAUGCCUUUCCAGGCCGUGCUUCUACAGGUUCCCGCCUUGCUAGGCCGCUGUUUCAGGAGGGCUGCCUUCUCGGUGGCCGCGGCAUUAUGCCUCUACCAUGUCGUCCUUCGGUCGUUCGCCUGGGGUUGGACCUUGGCGCUGCUCCGCCCUUUCUACAACUUGCCCAGAACGAGCAUGCUCCCUCCGUCGUGGCCCAUUGACCUAUACCUCCUUGCACGCUGCGUAUAUGCAGGGACCCUCCUCAACUUCUUAUGGGCCGUAGGGAAUACGGCCUUCUCAAUUUUCAUGGUCAAGACGCCCCUGAAGAACGGCAAGCCGUUGACGUCCGAGUCCAAAGAUCCCAACGGGAGCUUGCUCAAUGGGCUGAAGAGCAAAAAGCUUUCUAUUCAGUCAUUUGCCAUGUGGGAGUUGGCGCUCAUUGCGCAAGAUUUCGAGACCCGUAGGCAAGCCAUUUACUGUGAUAUCGACCGCAAGGAUGGACCGAUGUGGGCGCAGGUGUACGCGAUUUGCAUGGGUCUGCUCAAGAGCAUCGAGACGCGCGUCGACGAGUACGGAAAGGUGCCGGCUGCUGUGUCUGCUAGCGAAGCGAUAACCGUGGCGCCAAAGCAGCGAUCCUCGGCCCCUCUACGAGAAGAUCCCAUAUUCAGCAAGAGAAGCCAAGCCUCGGGACUAGUAGAGAAGGCCAUCGAUCAUAUUGCGCGGAGCCCGGGGACGUCCCCCGUGUCUGAACUCAGCCCACUGGCUAAGAAGACGUGGAAGACGGCCAAGGACCGAGUUCUGACCAAGGAGCAACAAGAGGCACUAUCACCGGAGCACUUGCGCGGCGAGUUGGAUCAGUGGACGGCGCGUGUGAUGAAACUCGAUGGGGUCGGUGCGCUGUUGAGCCACAGCUUCCGCACUCGCUUCGCGGCCGCGGCCCUCGGCGCGCCGUUUGCAGAGCCGAUGCUGUACGUGCAUGCGACGCAGGCCCUGUGCCAACUUGCCGUCCACAGCCUCGGAGAGGACCAGUUUGGCAACGUCCACCGCGAUGUGGCGAGUAUAGUGCGGACGCUGACGUCUGUAAUUCGAAAGCUGGAGGCGCUGAAGGCGCAUUUUCCCGCGCAUUGGACGGAUACUGCGGGUGUGAAGGAGACGCCCGAAGUCGACCAGGUGUUGGAUGCGCUGCGGACGGGACUGGACCAAGUCGUGACCAAGUUUGAGCCUUACAGCAACGACCUGAGGCUCUCGCUUGGCGACGUGCGGCUGGCCAAGGAGGCCGCCGCCCAGCCGAGGGCGGUCGAGCCUAAGGCCAAGGAAGCGGUCAGCAGCCGCAGCAAAGCUUCUGAAGAGAAGAAGAAGCCGGAGGUGAGGAGACCGCAAAGGAGAGAGCAAACGCGGCCGGAGAUGGAGCAGGUGCGGUAGCUACGUCAGCGCCUAGCUAUGUAGGCAUCUGCGUGCUGUACAAUGUAAUGUAUCACGAUACCAAGGAAUGGACCGCAGAAUAGAAUACUUUGAC